AUAAACCCAGCAAAAAGUGAGAGAAUGAGAUUUUUAAAGUAUACUUUUAUUAAACUGAAACCUCUGUGUUUUACGAUUGCUGCUGGAACAUGUUUUUAUACAAUCAUCACACCAGUACAACAUACACAUCUACAUGAAGUCUUCCAAAAAAACAAAGUUAUGUGUUUGCAAUCCAAGUAUAUGUUAAACAGUUUAGUGAACAAAUUUAUGGCUUUGCCUGUAACAGAUCUUGAUGACUUAAUAAAAAAUCCGAACGACACAGCGACCAAAAUGGAGUUAAUGAUCAUGGAAACGCAAUCAAAGGUUUGCAAAGCAAUUGAGUCGUUGGAAGCUGAAGGACAGAAGUUUGAAGUUGACAAAUGGAACAAAGAGAGUGGGACAGGUGGAGGUGUCACGUGUGUUCUUCAGGAUGGGAAAGUAUUUGAAAAGGCAGGAGUUAAUGUGUCUGUUGUACAUGGCAGUUUAACAGAAGGUGCUGAAAAACAAAUGCGUGCAAGAGGGCGGGAUUUUAAGAGGUUUGACGAUGGCAGUUUGCCAUUUAUUGCUAUGGGUGUAAGUUCAGUAAUACACCCAACAAACCCACAUGUUCCCACUAUUCAUUUCAAUUUUCGAUAUUUUGAAGUUACAGGCGCUGAUAAGAAGAAGACUUGGUGGUUUGGAGGUGGAACUGAUCUUACACCAAUGUACCUCGAUCAAAAUGAUGUCAAACAUUUCCAUACGGAGCUAAAAAAGGCAUGUGACAAACAUGAUGUGCAGUAUUACCCAAAAUUCAAGAAAUGGUGCGAUGAAUACUUUACAAUCCCUAUAAGGGGUGAAAGAAGAGGUGUUGGAGGAAUAUUCUUUGAUGACAUCGAAGGCCCUGAUGAAGAAUCAGCAUUAGCGUUCGUCACCUCGUGUGCAGAAGCGAUCAUUCCAUGUUACGUGCCUAUAGUUGUGAAAAACAAGAAUAAAAGUUUUACUUCGGAGCAAAAACAAUGGCAGCAACUCAGAAGAGGUCGUUAUGUUGAGUUUAAUCUUAUUUACGACAGAGGAACAAAAUUUGGAUUCCAAACUCCUGGAGCUCGAAUAGAAAGUAUUCUCAUGUCCUUACCUCUUACUGCUAGGUGGCAGUAUAUGCAUACACCAAAACUUGGUUCAGCAGAGAAUGAAUUGUUGGAUGUGCUUAAAUCACCAAGGGAAUGGGUGUAAAACAGAUUGUGUAUUUUAAUACCUGACAUUAACUCCUAAUAAGCCAAAUAUAUCUGUGUGUUUAAAGGCAUCUUGCAAUAAUGUAGCAAAACCUAAUCCCGAGUUUGCAUUCGCUGUUUAUAAACACAUGCACAACGAUUUUCUUACGCACUGUUUUUAAUAUACAGA